ACAUGAUUCGUGCAGAGCCCAGCUGCCCAAUUCCAAUAUGGUGGCCAGCUUGGCAGACCUACCGUUCUUGUUGAUGAUAUUAUUGCUCUGCUGGAGGAUCAGGGACGGCGCCUGUUGCCAGCAAGCCCCGCGGGUUCUGGGGCUGCGACUGGAAAACCCAGAAGGCCGGGUGUAUAUGAAGGAGCGAAUCAUCUCUGCGCCGCAAGGAGCCAGUUUCAAGCUUCGGCUAUUCGGCUCAGAUCUGAAUGGGACCUGGCCAUUGGUCGCGUUCGCUGGGGCCAGACCCGGGGAGGACGGAGCGGAGGGAGAUGCAGCCGACCCGUGCGAACAGGAUACCCGCCGUGACUCCUCCGACUUCGAAGUCACUGGGAGGUUAAUGGCAGAUGAGGAGUACAGCGGGUUGAUAACAGUUCAGACGCGGAAUAAGACCAGUGUCUCUUCCGUCGCAUCUUCCACAGGAGGAGGGUAUGAUGCCAGGCCGACCAACCACCACCUGUGCGUGCUGAUUAACGGGAGUUGGGUGUCUGUGGGACUGGACAGGCUGCAGAUCAACAACGACACGGGUCAGCCUGAAGACUACAUCCCUCCGUGGGGUCUGGCGGUGCUCAUCGUACUGCUUAUCAUUUUGUGCGGGGUUUUGAGAAGCGUGAACCUCAGUCUGUUGUGGCUGGACCCCCUGGAGCUCUACGUCCUGCACAGCUGCGGCUCAGAGGAGGAUAAACGAGCCGCGAAGCGCCUCGAGCCAAUACGGAGACGGGGUAACUUCCUGGUCUGUUCCCUGCUCUUCCUCUGUGCUCUGGGACACUCUGUUCUAGGCGUGCUUCUCUACAGGGCCCUGGGUUCCAUAGUGGCUGCUGUGUUCACCAGCGGGUUCCUCAUCUUUCUGGUGUCAGAGCUGGUCCCCCACAUCGUGUGUUCUGGCUAUGGCUUUCAGCUGGCCCCGGGUCUCACCUGGCUGGCCCAGGUGUGCAUGGUGCUGACAUGUCCGCUGUCCUGCCCUCUGGGUCUGGUGCUGGACUUGGCGCUGAGGCGAGACAUCAGCACCUGUGGCGUGAGGGAGAGAGCCAUGGAGAUGAUCCGUACCAAUGUCAACGACCCCUACAGUGAGUUUGUAAAGGAGGAGUUCAGCCGCGGAGCCCUUCGCAGUAAGACAGUGGAGGACAUCCUGACUCCACUCAAGGACUGUUUUAUGCUGCCCUCCUCCGCCGUCCUGGACUUUUCCACCAUGUCAGAGAUCAUGCAGAGUGGAUACACACGGGUGCCAGUUUACGAAGAGGAGAGGUCCAACAUCGUGGAAAUACUGUACGUGAAGGACCUGGCUCUUGUCGACCCUGACGACUGUACUCCAAUGACAACCAUCACCAAGUUCUACAACCAUCCUCUGCACUUUGUCUUUAAUGACACCAAACUGGAUGCCAUGCUGGAGGAGUUCAAGAAAGGAAACUCUGCACUGGCCAUUGUUCAGAAGGUGAACAACGAGGGGGAGGGGGACCCGUUCUACGAGGUGCUGGGAUUGGUCACCUUGGAGGACGUGAUUGAGGAAAUCAUCAAAUCAGAGAUCCUGGAUGAGUCUGACGGAUACAUGGACAUGAAGGUGAAGCGUCCCUUGGCUCCCCUGGAGAUGUCCCUGGAGCCUCGGAGCGUCCAUGAAGAGUUCUCCCUGUUCAGGCUCCCUGAGGGGGAACCCAAGAUCAGAACCUCACCUCAGUUACUGCUGGCCACACACCGUUUCCUGUCCCGAGAGGUGGAGCACUUCAGCCCGGCCCGUGUGUCCGAGAAGGUGCUGUUUCACCUUCUGCGUCACCCCACUGUCAACCAGGAAGUCCACUUCGACUCGUCCAACCGCCUGAGCCCGGACCACUACCUCUACACGCGCAACCACCCUGUGGACUACUUUAUACUACUACUACAGGGCCGUGUGGAGGUGGAGAUUGGUAAAGAGGGUUUGAAGUUUGAAAAUGGAGCGUUCACAUACUACGGUGUGUCUGCACUCACAGCGCCAUCCUCAGUCCACCAGUCUCCAGUGUCAGCCCAGCGUCGCCCCCCAGGGGAUCCGUUUGAGUUGGGAGACGCCACCAGCCCGUCCAGCUACUGUCCUGACUACACCGUCCGUGCUCUCACUGACCUGCAGCUCAUACGGGUGACUCGUGUACAGUACCUGAGUGCUGUGGUGGCGUCCCGCGUGGGCCAGAGUCCCGACCCGCCUGAGAUCAAGAUCCUGCCCAACAGUCAGACCAAGCUUCUCAACGAGAGAAACACAGGUGCGCAAGAGUUCCCUGUAAACUUCUCCUUCUUUGACACCAUUGAAAACUACUCUUAAUGUUUUCUGUGUGCAUGAGGUGGCAGUAAAUCCCAGGAGAGUUCAACGGAAGAGGCUCAUGGGUAAUGCAGUUCUCUCCCUCAGAACUGUGUGUGUUACUCAGACAACCACCAAACCAACCAACCCAAACACAUGAGGCUGUUAUAGGAGUUUUUAUUUCAUAAUUUUUUUAAAUCUGUGAAUCCCUUAUCUCUGGAAUGCAGUGAUUGAAGUGUGUGUGUGUGUAGGUGCACUAUUCUCAGAUGAAAUCGCACAUUCAUUAUGUUUCGCAUCCAUACAAAUUGUGUGUGCCUAUCUUUCCUGUUGUAAUUCCACCUGUUUUGCCUAAGAUUACAUCACCUCAACAGUAGGUGUGUGUGUGUGUGUGUGUGUGUGUGUGUGUGUGUGUGUGUGUGUGUGUGUGUGUGUGUGUGUGCGCGCGCGUGUGCGUCUUGAAAAAGUCCUUCCAAGCAUUGGAUAUAAUUGGUGAAAUAGAUUAGAUUUCCAUAGAAAUGUGUAGACCACUAACUUGCUUUAGUUGUUCAACUAUACGUCCAUGUCCUUUUAUACACUCCCACAUACUGGUUAUAUACAUAUUUGUAUGUCGAGUCAAAUAUUGCUUGUUUUUGAGUUGUAUUUACCAUUCAAUACAUUACUUAUCUAUGCCUAUUGUGUCAUUGUCUGCAAUUAGUAAUUCAGCCCAAUUCCAAUUUUAUUUUUUAAAUUUUUUUUUAGUAUUUUGGAUGAUUAUAUUCACUCUGAAAUUAUCUGAUUUUAUUUGACCAAUUUGUAGAAAAUAUCAGAAUUGGGCUGCACAUCUAUUGCUGCCAGAGAGGACUUCAGAUCACCCAAAGUGAAUGUGGAAAAAAAGAUUAAAAUAUUUAAAAAUGUUCUGUGAUCAAUGAAAGCUGUUGCAAUGCUGUGUCCAUUCCUCAACACAGUCAGACAUUUAGCUUGUGAUGAGAGGCAGAUGUGUGUGUGCAAGCAUUCCUGCCAUAUCCCCUUGACUUUUUUCGUGGAGUGCCAACCCUAACCUAACCCAGCCUGUUUUCAUGGAUGUCUUGUGUAACCAAUCAGAUUACUGAGGUGGCCAGUUAGUGUGUGACAUAUCUGAAGCACCUUGUUGAUUAGUCGGUCUUAAUAGCCCUGUCGGUUGAGUUCCGUAAACAUUCCAUGUCACUUGUGUCCCAGUGUGUGCGUGCAACAGACCUUGCGUGUGACUCUGAACGCCUGUCUGCCAAUAUUCAGUCUUCAAGACUCCUUCAGGAAACUCAAUAUCCCAUGUUGCAGUGUAACUAGCUAUGUGUGCUGUGAAUGUUACCCACUGUCCUGUAGAGACUGGAAACCUAGAUAAGGACCUAGUCCACAAUCAACCCCUUGGUAAUUAAUUAAACACCUCUUACUGGGUCUUAGUGUUCACCUGUUCUUUUGGGACCUAGCCCAUAGAGUAAGCAGAUCUGAAGAAUAGCUGUGGGGUCUGGCUCAGGGGACCUUCUGCCAUGCAGUGUUGCCCUAUCUGGUUCCCUCGGAUCUCCAGACGUCAUUGGGCUUGAGGUCUUUUGAGUGGACCAGAGACUCUAAAGACCAACGCGGUCAAAUUCAUUAGUGUUCACUGUUGCAAAACAUUGUGUAAACAUUUAUUGAACAUGUCCAGGUAGAACCGUUUGUUUCUGUAUGUUUUUCUUCUGUUUGGUGCCUAAUGAACAUGAUCCAUGUUUCCCAGCGGCCGUGUUAGCUGUGCAGAGAUUUCGUCUGACAUCUUGCCAGCCUCAGUCGCCCUCCACUCUUCAAAAGCACGUUCUUGUUUUUGUUUUUUUUUAUUAUUUAUGUAAUUAUGGAC